ACACCGCGGCCCGAGAGUCAACUGUUCCUCGCAGUGUGCCGUAGUGACGUGACACCCAAACAAGACACCGUUUGUUGCUGAUUACUCACGGAUGGUUUAGACAAAGUGGAUUUUCUCUUAAGAGCCAACUUUUAUCACAAUGUCUCAGGAUCUGUGGUUACAGAAUUAUGAUGCAACUUGCCGCUUGGCGCAAGAAAUUGCAGAAAACAUUAAUGAACGAAACAGGCAGCAGAGAACAGGGGGGAACCCUGCAAAGAUCAACAUGACACUGCGGGCAUCCCUGCAGAAGCUCAAACAGAAUAUUGGCCAGCUUAAAGACGGUUUGUUACGAGCAUCAUCUGCUCGACGCAUAAUGCAGUCAGAAGCUGACAGGAGGCAGAACCUUAUUGAUAAUCUACUAACCAGAGAGAAGCAGCUCAAUGCCACCUUCAGAGGAGACAACACAGAGCCAGAACCUUCCAGGUCGACACUGAUGGCUGAAGCGGCAGGAGUGAGUCGAGGUGGUGCAGCGAACCCCUGGCUCAUCAACGAAACGGAGGAGACCAGAGGGUUGACCAUUGGAGAGAUCAAACAGCAGCAACAACAUAUCAUUGAAGCCCAGGAUGCUGGCCUAGAUGCACUAGCAGCUGUCAUCAGCCGACAGAAGAUAAUGGGCCAGGAGAUUGGCAAUGAGCUGGAUGAACAUAACGAAAUCAUUGACGACCUUGCGCAUCUCGUGGACAAGACAGACAGCAGAAUUCGCAACGAGACACGAAGGGUGAAGUUGGUGGAGACCAAGUCAGCCUCCUGUGGGAUGCUGGUGGUGAUCGUACUGCUUCUCAUAGCCAUCGUAGUGAUUGGUGUGUGGCCUGUGUAGCAGGCGAGGACAACAGUGAUCAUGGACCUACACUGAACUACAAUGGCAAUACAGAAUGCCAGUUUAAAACCUUUGCAUCCACAUGCUCACAUUUACAGAUGUAAUUUAACACUGCCUAUCGUCAGAUUUUAUUUUGUUAUUCUUUCUUUUCACAUUGAGACAAAGGUCACAAAGGUUACAAAGGUGCCAGUGGUGGCGGAGGCAGUGUAAAAUGAAAACUUAACUCCUUCAACAGCACAGUUUCAUUUUCCUAUACAGAAAGUGGUUUAGUUGGGUGAGAGGAAUUAGUGACCCUGCAGAAGACUUUCUUUUUUUAAAUAGAAUAUAUUGCUUAGGUGUAAAUUGUUCUCUUAAACUGUUGUUCAAGUCUCUGACUCAUUAAAUGUAUUAAAUGGUUAAAUUAUUUGGAGGUUUCUAAACAUUUAAAAAAUAUUUUUAGCCUGGACUUUGGCGAAUGUUGACCCAACAGUAGGACCUCCCGCAGGUAGCAGGAGCUUUCCUCUCAUAAGUCUGUCUGUGGUCUGGCCUGAGGUUCACACUGGCUACAGUAAUUCCGCAAGCUUUGCAGUAUUCACACUCACUUAUAUUUACCCAUGCAUUACUGUAGCAGCUGUAAUGUUGUCAUUUGUCUUGGGAUUUUAUAACGUUUAUAGAAUAGCUUUCAGCCAAAACAAACAGCUCGACUAUGUUACUAACAUGGCUGUUUUCCUUCCUUGUAAAUCAAUUCAGCUUGUAAUUUCUAAUAAAUGACAGUUCCAGUUAA